AUGAAAGACAUUCCCAAGGGUGAGCGCACCCCUGCCAGUUCCAUCCUCAUGGCAUCUUUUAUUGCAACACUUGCAGAGGCGUACUCGGGCAAGACCAUCGGAAAUUACAUCACAGGCAUUCGUGCAUGGCAUCUCCUUCAUGGUCUUCCUUGGGUCAUGAAAAAGAACGAAAUGGAUGUUCUUCUCAAAUCCGCUGAUGUCCUCACUCCCAGUUCGUCAAAGUGCACUCCACGUGAGCCUUUCACCAUUGAAAUCCUUGCUCACAUUCACGGUAAACUCUCACUCUCCGAGCCUCUCGAUGCUGCGGUGUGGGCCUGCCUUACAACUGCCUUCUAUGCAGUUGCCAGGGUGGGUGAGGUGAUAGUUCGGAAUCUCACCGCGUUCGAUCCCACUUUACACGUCAAACGCUCCGACAUCCACGUGGCCAGAGAUCGAAAUGGGCUUGAAGAAACCAUCUUCCACCUCCCUGUGACUAAGGCGGCCCCACAUGGUGAAGACAUAUUCUGGGCCAGGCAGAACGGUCUGACAGACCCCGCGCAGGCACUCGAGAAUCAUUUCACCAUCAAUCGCCUUCCAGCCGAUGCUCCCCUCUUCGCUUACUGGCACGGACUGUCCUCUCACCCACUCACAUGCCAGAUUUUCCUCCAACACAUCAGCAGAGCAAGCAAGGACCUCUCGCUCAACCUUCAUGGCCACAGCAUUCGCAUAGGCAGUACCCUCGAGUACUUACUGUGGGGUAUUGCAUUCGAGGUGGUGAAGUCAAAAGGGCAUUGGCAGAGCAAUGCUUUCACCCUAUACCUGUGCAAACACAUGCAAGUAAUGGCGCCCUACAUGCAGGCCGUCCCCGCGAUCCAUGAAGCCUUGGUGCGCUACUCCAUGCCUCCCGUGCGCUAG